AUGGCCCAUGUCGCUCAUAUGCCCCAUCUUGCCACCAACAUGGACACCGAGCACAGCGCGAGAGAUGAACCGACUGAAGUAGGGAGUCUAGACGGCACUUUGUUUCUCGUGGAAGAAUCGUUGGACGCAGUGACAAACAAGAUGCGGCUUGACAUCCUUGAAAAAGCGAUCACUACUCUACGCCAUGCCAUCAGCGAAGAACCCAAUCGCAAAGCGAAAGCGGCUUUCGAGGUCGUCCUCGCAAAGGCACUCUUGACUCGGUUUGCUAGUCAUGGGUGGCUCGAAAAUGCGACCACUCGAAUGCAAAGAGGGGGCGCCGACGGCGUCAAGGACGUGGUCCGACAACCUUCUCCUUAUCUCCUCGCGAAACAGAGGGAGGACGUCCUUGAACAGAUUAGGGGUAUGGAUGGAUUUCAUGAUUUCCUGCUUCCCUCUUCAUUCGAGACUCUUAAGCAUGCCGCAAAGGCUGGGCCCAUCGUCUUCCUGAAUGCCAGUCAAUACGGAUGUCAUGCGCUUAUACUGAAGCAGGAUGGGGCCCUACUCCCUCUGUCUCUUCUCACAAGCACCGAGCAUCUGGCGACCUUGAAGAUGGCGAUCCAUCGGCUGGCUCAAGGCCACGUUUUGGACGGCAAGAUUCAACAAUCGCUUGACGAUGUCCCCAGAACGAGGAAGCUUCUCCAACGAAAGAAUCAGAGACGUAGGACGGUUCAAGACGACUUCAGACAACUACUUGGGGUUUUGUGGUUUGUGAUCGCCCAGCCGGUUAUCAGAGCGCUAGACGUGCAGAAGACGGAUACUCCGCGUCGACUAUGGUGGUGUCCAACAGGGCCAUUCGCUUUCCUCCCAAUCCACGCUGCUGGUGUCUAUACCAGCCACAAUGAAGAAUGCGAUUGUGUAUUUGACUACGUCGUUUCGUCCUACUGCUCGUCGCCUCAAGACCUCGUCGCUCCACCCCCGAUUCGACCCAACCCGGACUUCAAAAUGCUCGUCGCCAUCGAGCCCGAAUCAAAACUUCCAGCAACCAGAAUAGAGCUCGAGAAGAUUCAGUCGCGCAUACCAGAUAUCCGACAUCUGGUUACUCGCAUUGAUUCGACAUCUGCUCCGACAAGUCCCAAGACGAUUCUAGAAGAUAUCAAGACCUCGUCUAUCGUUCAUUUUGGCUGCCACGGAUCGCAGGACCCUUCGAAUCCACUUGACAGCUGCCUGCUUCUCAGUGGUGGCCGGCUCACCAUUUCGUCCCUCAUUCGCGAAUGUCAGACCUCGGAGGCUGCGCUCGCCUACUUGAGUGCCUGUGAAACUGCGAUGGGAGACGAAGAACGACCUGAUGAGUCUCUCACCCUCGCUGCAACUAUGCAGUUUGCCGGUUUCCGUGGUGUGGCGACGAUGUGGGAAAUCGAGGAUGAAGAUGGGCCCAUCGUCGCCGACGCUUUCUAUGGUUAUCUUUUCCGUGAAGGUUCGGCCGUUGCUCCGGAUAUUACGGAUGCCGCUUCUGCACUCCAUCUUGCUACCAAGGUCUUGCGUGAUCUGGAUAGGCCGUUCCAUCGUUGGGUUCCUUUUGUUCAUUAUGGUAUCUAA